AUGGCUCAUGCUACCUCGCGGAAGCAUACGGCUUCGCAAAAAGCAGCUUCUCCUGCACCGGCCUCGAGACAAGCCAAUAGCGAUAUGAUCCGGACGCAGUCGAGCAAAAAGAAGAGCUACGCAUCAGAAGGUGUGACAGACAAUGAUAUCUUCUUGCUUCCCGCGGGAGACUAUCAAAUCAUGGCGCUGUUGACUCUGCUGGCUGGCGUUGUUCGGCUGUUCAAGAUUUACCAACCUACGAGCGUUGUCUUCGACGAGGUCCACUUCGGCGGGUUUGCUACCAAGUAUAUCAAGGGCAAAUUCUUCAUGGACGUCCACCCACCUUUGGCCAAGCUCCUCAUCACCUUGGCUGGCUGGCUGGCUGGCUUCAACGGCGACUUCGAUUUCAAAGACAUCGGAAAGGAUUAUCUCGAACCCAAAGUCCCUUAUGUCUCGAUGCGGCUCCUACCUGCUAUCCUCGGGGUUCUCACUAUUCCCACUAUGUUUUUGACCUUGAAAGCAUACGGAUGCCGAACAGUUACGGCUUGUCUCGGUGCCGGGCUUUUGAUCUUUGAAAAUGGAUUGAUCACACAAUCGAGGCUGAUUCUCUUGGACUCGCCCUUGGUCAUUUGUACCGCCUUCACUGCUCUAGCAUGGACUUGCUUCACCAAUCAACAUGAACUAGGCCCUGCACACGCAUUUGAUGUGACUUGGUGGUUUUGGCUUGCAGCCACUGGACUGGGUUUGGGUGCCACAGUCAGUGUCAAAUGGGUUGGUCUCUUCACGAUUGCGUGGGUCGGCACCUUGACCAUCCUCCAAUUAUGGGUUCUGCUUGGCGACAGCGUCAAUGUCACCCCAAGGAAGUGGUUCAAGCAUCUAUUUGCCAGAGUCUUCUGUCUGAUCGUCAUCCCGGUUGCGUUCUAUGUGGGAAUGUUCGGAAUUCAUUUCCUGUGCCUGGUCAAUCCUGGCGAUGGCGAUGGUUUCAUGUCCUCUGAAUUCCAAGCGACACUGAACAACAAGGGCAUGGCCGACACCCCUGCUGAUGUGCUGUUUGGCAGCGAAGUCACCAUCCGACAUCACAACACUCAGGGUGGCUAUCUCCAUUCGCAUUCACACAUGUAUCCUGGUGGCAGCAAGCAACAGCAGGUCACCUUAUACCCUCACAAGGAUGAGAACAACAUUUUUCUUCUCGAAAACCAAACCCAGCCGAUCACUGCGGACAAUGUCACCGUUGCAGGUCCCAAAGCGUGGUCGAAUCUCACCGAGUUUAUCCAGGAUGGUGAUGUUAUCAGACUGUACCACCUCACAACCCAUCGGCGCAUCCACUCUCACGACGUCCGGCCUCCCGUUACUGAGGCCGACUGGCAAAACGAAGUAACGGCUUAUGGCUACGAGGGAUUUGAAGGCGACGCAAACGAUCUUUUCCGGGUGGAGAUUGUCCAAUCCAUGUCCGAUGGUGAAGAAGCCAAGAAGAGGCUGAGGACGAUCCAGACGAAAUUCAAGCUGGUCCAUAUCAUGACAGGCUGCGUUCUUUUCUCGCACAAGGUCAAAUUACCCGACUGGGGCUUCGAGCAACAGGAAGUGACUUGUGCUAAAGGAGGCACCCUCCCCAACAGCGUAUGGUAUAUUGAACAGAAUCAGCAUCCUAUGCUUGGGGAAGGGGCGGAAAAGGUCAACUACAGAAACCCCGGCUUUUUGGGCAAAUUCUGGGAAUUGCAGAAGGUCAUGUGGAGGACCAACGCCGGCUUGAUCGAAUCGCACGCCUGGGACUCCCGACCGGGAUCGUGGCCCAUUCUCCGGCGUGGGAUCAAUUUCUGGGGCAAAGACCAUCGCCAGGUCUAUCUCCUCGGAAAUCCCGCCAUUUGGUGGCCCUCGACCCUGGCGAUCUUGACCUAUGUCAUUUUCAAGGGCAUUGCCAUCCUCCGCUGGCAACGAAGCUGCAACGACUAUUCCAACGUCAACUUCAAACGCUUCGACUACGAAAUCGGUCAGACUGUUCUGGCAUGGGGUUUUCACUACUUCCCUUUUUACCUGAUGGCAAGACAGUUGUUCCUGCACCACUACUUUCCAGCCCUCUACUUUGCCAUCAUGGCUAUGUGCCAGAUCUUUGACUUUGUCGUCAACCGGAUCUCUUCUCUGGGAUUGAAGAAGUAUCCCGAAAUCGGGUGGAGUGUCGCCGUGUUGUUUGUGGCUUUUGCAAUCGGCGUGUUUACUCUGUAUGCCCCACUGAUCUAUGGCAAUCCCUGGACACAGGACCAGUGCAGAGCGGUCAAACUGUUUGAUACCUGGGAUUUUGACUGCAACACCUUUUACACUGAUUAUGCACAAUACUCCACGCCACUUCCGUCCUUUGGAGACGGCGGAGCAACUCCCACUGUUCCCUCGAUGCAAAUCGACUCGGGAAGGAAAGACAACCCAUCAGCAGUCACCCCUCAGGUCGGUGAAGGGAAGGUGAUUGGACAAGAAGAGCGUGUGGAAUAUCGCGAUCAGAAUGGGAACCUCCUAGACGAAGCCCAGGUCCAAGCAUUAUUGGCAGAGGGCAAAGCGUCCUUCCAGACCAAGUACGAGACAAGAACAAGACUGGUCGACGAGGAAGGUAACGAGGUCAAUUCAUCGGGGGUUGCACCCGAUCAUCCGGAUGUAGAGGGCCAGAAUCCGUCAACAAAGGGUGUGCCAGAGGAGCAGGCCAACAAGUCGCCCGCAGAUGCGCAGGCGGGCGGUUCGGUGAAGAAGGGAGAUGACAGCAAAGCUAAACCGGCCAGCGAUGCGAGCGAAGCAACGAAGUAA